AUGCGGCAACAUGCUUUGCACGCCUUGGAGAUCCUCCAGCCGCCCCUGCCUCGGUGUCCAGGACACGGGCAUCCUCGGCAGCUCUUCAAGGCCAUGGCGCGGGAGCUGUGGCAGGCGACGGGCGCUGCCCACUGGGCGCUGCAAGCUGCCCGCGGGGUCGAGGAGUUUCACUAUGCCUGGGAGAGCGUGCCCUACACGAUGGUGUCUGCAGCUGGGAGUUUGCGCCCGGCCACGCGCCCUCCCAUUUACAUUACGAGUGAAGGAAGUGAUGCGCCCGAGUCUGCCCGGUCUGAUGAUUUUGUGGUGCCCACGGUGGAGUCUGGGACGACGCUGGAUGCGGCUACUUCUUCCUUUGGACCCUUUAGGCUGGAGGGAGCUACACAGGCUGGUUCCACGAAGAGCUCGAGCAGUGUGCCUGAGAUACUUGGCGAAGCCGAGGAGGAGCAGCUGGCUGAGGGUCUCACUAUAGCAGCUCAGCAGCGCAUUGCGCUGCAGCGGGACUACCUUCGCGCCGGAAUCACAACGUGCCCGGCAGGCCACAAGCUUCAGGAGCGAGGGGAUAGGAAAGCAAGCUGCGACCUUUGCGCAGGAAACAUCGACAAGCUGAGCUUGUGCUGUGACCAGUGCCACUGGGAUGUAUGCCAAGACUGUGCUGCCCUCUGUGACAUCCCACAGAGCCAUUUUCCAGCACACUGA